GGCCGAGUGCCGCAGCUUCUCCUGCUCCACGGGCCCGGCACACCCCUGCGCUCGCGCUCUCGGGGCGGACUCCUGGCCCUCAGGUCCUCAGCCUGGCAAUGGCUCCACUCGGAUACUUCUUAGUGCUCUGCAGCCUGGAGCAGGCGCUGGGCAGCUACCCGAUCUGGUGGUCACUGGCCAUCGGGCCCCAGUACUCCUCUCUGAGCACACACCCCAUCCUCUGUGCCAGCAUCCCGGGCCUGGUGCCCAAGCAGCUGCGCUUCUGCAGAAACUACGUGGAGAUCAUGCCUAGCGUGGCUGAGGGUGUCAAGCUGGGCAUCCAGGAGUGCCAGCACCAGUUCCGUGGCCGCCGCUGGAAUUGCACCACUGUGGAUGACAGCCUGGCCAUCUUCGGGCCUGUGCUCGACAAAGCCACACGGGAGUCGGCCUUCGUCCACGCGAUUGCUUCCGCCGGCGUGGCCUUCGCGGUGACGCGCUCGUGCGCAGAGGGCUCGGCCGCCAUCUGCGGCUGCAGCAGCCGCCACCAGGGCGCGCCCGGCGAGGGCUGGAAGUGGGGCGGCUGCAGCGAGGACACCGAGUUUGGCGGGAUGGUGUCUCGAGAGUUCGCUGAUGCCCGGGAGAACCGGCCGGAUGCCCGCUCCGCCAUGAACCGCCACAACAAUGAGGCCGGUCGCCAGGCCAUUGCCAGUCAUAUGCACCUCAAGUGCAAGUGUCACGGUUUGUCGGGCAGCUGCGAGGUGAAGACCUGCUGGUGGUCGCAGCCCGACUUCCGCACCAUUGGUGACUUUCUCAAGGACAAGUAUGACAGCGCCUCUGAGAUGGUGGUGGAGAAGCACCGCGAGUCACGCGGCUGGGUGGAGACCCUGCGGCCGCGCUACACCUACUUCAAAGUGCCCACGGAGCGUGACCUGGUCUAUUACGAGGCCUCGCCCAAUUUCUGUGAGCCCAACCCGGAGACGGGCUCCUUUGGCACGCGCGACCGCACAUGCAACGUGAGCUCGCAUGGCAUUGACGGCUGCGACCUGCUAUGCUGCGGCCGUGGCCACAAUGCGCGCACCGAGAGGCGUAGGGAGAAAUGCCAUUGCGUGUUCCACUGGUGCUGCUAUGUCAGCUGCCAGGAGUGUGCGCGCGUCUACGACGUGCACACCUGCAAAUAGGCAGCUCUCCCGAGACCGUGGGACAGGGCUCCCACUGGGGCCCGACCCCCACCUGGAGGUGGGCUCCUCUCUGACAGGGCAGGGCUUAGACAGGGGCAGGUGGAGUUACUCCU